CCAAGGCGGUUGAGCAGUGGGGACAGGUUCCCAGAGCAGCGCUAAGCUUCAUCCGGUCAAGAGCAACAGCGGACUUGGAGUUGUGGCCCCAAAAAUUGAUAUCUAACUGCCAAUUAGAUUUUAGAAGGUCCAUCAGAGUGCUGCUCUUCGAUCUCUUGGGUGCCCCAAGAGUCUGAAAAAUGGCAGCAGCAGUGAUUGUCCGACUGAUCCCUAAGUUGCACUCAAUGGCCAGCCGGGAAUCUGGCUACUACAUUGGCCGGCAGCUAUGGUUUGGGCUGGUGGUCUUGUAUGGCAUGGUGCUGUAUGUGGCCUACAUCCCUUGGGUCCACAUCAAGGAAGAUUUCAUCUGUCAUGGAAAUAUCACAUUGCCAUGCCUGAUGAAGUGUUUCGGGGAGAGAUUUUCCGUCCCUAUACUGGGGACGUGGUACUUCUUCUACUUCGUUUUCAUAGCACUCUUCUGCCUCGUGGAAGUCUUCAUGACUCAGCUCCGGCAGAAGCACGUCAAGGCGAUGAAGUCCAUGGUGUCCAUGAUGUCCAUGGCAAGGGACUUAGAGGAAGGCUCCAUGGUGCCAACUAAGGAGCUGAGUGCCUCCUGGAAGAAAUCUAUCCUGAACUUGCACCGGGAGAAGAUUCUCCUGCUGUUGUACCUCCUGUACUUCCUCCUGCAGGUCAUCUUCCAGUGCGUGUUUUUAUUCAUACUCCUCUUCCAGCAGCUUCCCCUGUUGAAACAAGGCAGCAUCCACUGCAGCACCAGCAGCUGUCCUGGCCCCUAUUGUUGCCUCAUAAGGGCCUCGAUGGAGAAGCAAAUGUCCAUCUACAUCCUCAUCACCCUGUCCGUCUCAAUCAUCCUCCUCGGCACAAGUUUCUUCACAUACAGCAUUUACCACUACCUGCUGAAGGACCGGGCUAUUUCCAAGGCGCAGAGUUCUUGACAUCUGUGAGAGACAAGACCUUCCUUCCUUCCUUAAAAUCCUUGCUCUCUUACAUAAGGAAGUGUAUAUUCUAUGAAUUUUUUUAUUUGCUGACUUCGUUUAAUGUUUGUUUCUCAAAAAUAAGGGUUGUUGUGUUUUCUUUCUUGAGGGCUCAACUGGGGGUCAUCUAACUCUGGAAGUGCAUGAACACACCCCACAGUUGACGGCCAGGCUCUUGUUAGGCAUUAGUCCAUUUCCUCUGCACAGUCACAUCCAAGGUGGAUUCAUUUCUUUUCCUGAGAUCUAGGAAGAUAGAUGACUGGCAGGUGCCACAUACAGUCAGCAAGGCAAGCCGGCUUUGAAGCCUCUGGCCUCCCAAACAUUCCUGCUCUAGAAGUCUUCUCAUCAGGAUUAACCUCCCUGGCACAGAAGCUUAAUUUUUAAAAGCAAGGCUAAGUUUUCCUCUCCUAUCGAGUCCUAGAAGGGAUGAGCAAGGUCAAACAGGGGGCAGAGGGCUGGGUUGUACUCACAGCCAUCUCAGAUCAGGGUGGCAUCUUAUUCCUUUCCAAUCAGAGACAAGAGAUCCUAGGCAAAGCUAGCUCCUACUGAGGUGUUCACAGCCUUAGAGUGUCCUUCUAAGAAAGGCAUCCAGGUAUUGGCUAGACAGGAUGGGACUUCUUGUCAUCCUGUAAAUGAUGAGGUGGAGGACUCCAUCUUCCAUUAAUAGCAAGAUUGGUUUCAUGGGCUGACCACCCAUUUUUAUUGCCCUAAAUGGACAGAGCUGGAAAAAGGACCCAUUGCCAGAAGCUAAGGCCAUGAAGCAUGGAAAGCUGGGGAAAGGGCAAGAAAAAGGAGGUGGCUGGGGAAGUCCAGUAUGUACGAACUGAUGUGAGGUGGCUGGGGAAGCCACUAGGUACAAGGUGAUGUGGGAAGCCAGUGAUGCAGCAUCCUGCCAGCUUCACAUAGAGGACUAGUCACAGAUGCUUUAUAUCUCCCAUCACACAAUCUUGUAUGAUGCAAUCUAAUGGCAGAUCCAACAUUAUAGCAAUGUUUCCACAAAUAUUCACCCAGUCAGCAUAUUUACUGAGCCCUAACACGGUCCAUGUGCUGGAGCAUAUAUGACUUUUAAAAUCGGAAAAAGCAAAUUAUACAGACAGAGGACAGUAAAUAACAGCAUAAGAGGAAGCUAAUGGCAUAUGACACUGGCUUCACAAGCUGCUCUGCCCCAGAAUCAAGUCAGAGAAAGCUUCUCCAGAGAAGGGUCAGCUGAACUAAGCCACAUGAAAGAGGUGGUUGAAAUCUGUCUGGACAUAACUGAAAAUAACACAUCAGAAUGAUCUAUGGUAGACUUAACCAGUACCAUCAUGUUACUGCUGUAUUUUAAUUAAGAACUAAAAUGGGUGAGGGAAUCACUUCUGAGUUGCUAAGGUUAUUUAAACACAAGGGCACAGCUUGCCUAGUUAGUGUGGACAAGGCCCAGGGUUCAUUUCCUAGCAAUCCGACUCCCCACAAACAAAAUCCCAGCAGCUCCAGCUACAAUCAGAGCUCCCGUAACACUUUUGCACCUAGCACUUCAAUCCUCGUGUGUUGUGGUGUUGUUACUUGAUUUCUUUUGAAUUUCUAUUUUUGCUGUUCAUUUGCUUAUGUUCUAAAACUUGGUCUGCCUGUGUAGUUUAGGACAGCAUGCAACUCACUUCAAUCCUGAUUUGAUUUCUACAAUAAUUUUAAUCUGUUCAAAAAGGUUGUCUCUACUAAUAAAAAAAAAAAAAGGA